AUGCCGAUUCCAACGCGCUCCCUUUCCCUCCGUGAGCCCCGUACCAGUAAGCCAUUGACCACCGGGCGCUCUACUACCACCAAAGCCAAUCCUCCCACAACUUCGACAGCAGUUGGCGGCAAAUCUUCUUAUCCUGCCACCGGAAAUGAGAAUAUCACAACACGAAACAAGAGCCUUCUGCCAAUACGUGACGAUGUCCGCUCUGCGAAGCCCUCUCGAAUCCAGCAGCCGGCAGAGACUCGCCUGUCCCAGCGGCCGACCAAGAUCGGGGGAAAGGGGUCUCAGCAGCAAGGUGAACCUUCGACACGCGAAGCGACCGCAGCAAGUCGCCGCCAGAGCCUCAUUCGACCCAGUCCCCUGAAGCCUAUUGGACCUGUGAAGCCAACCGCUACGCUAAGCACCCCUAAACAGGCCACUUUUGCACCAAGUCCAUUGUCUCCCUCCAAACAAGAACUAGCUCAUAGGCAGGAUGGACGGCCCUUAUCUCCCAAGAAAGCAGAUAUGCCUCCCCCGUUGCUCCGACCCAGUCGCUCCGCAUCCUUGCGACAGCCAGUUAAGCCCAGCUCCAGCACGCCGUCCAUCAGUCGCGGUCACGCGCGUCAUCGAAGUCAAGGGGUCACGCCCAAUGUGAGUCGAGCGAUAGGCAAAUUGGAGUCACCUUCACCGAGCACCAUAACUCCGACACGUCCGAGAGCUCAGAUUUCGUCCCAGCCGCAAGCUCUACUAUCCAAAAAGGCGGUCAACCCGGCUACAAAAAAUCUGACUGUCACCAUCUCCGAGGAUGCGGAUGCUUCUUCAUUACCCUCAUCCUUCCCCGAGCUUGCAGCCUUGCAGACAGAGCUUUUACAACUAAGCCUUACGCACUCCUCAUCUCUUCAGCAGAAGACGUCCUGGACGGCCCAUGUCGAAGCUCAACUCCGAAAGGACUACAGCUCCGUGGCCACUAAAUACCGCGCCGCGCUCGCUGCAGAGCAGGAUUAUCAGACGAAACUCAAUGGACACGCACUGCAUUGCUGGCUUCGAAAUUCUGGUGAGCACGAUGGCCCACUCGGAUUUGCGGAGCAGAUUCGGGUACUCUCGCAGGUUGCAGAGGACGUGUACAUGGUGACGGAGUCUCCUGAAGGGCAGUACACGGUGGCCGUGCAGAAAUUUGAAGAGUGGUUUCAGCGGAUGGAAGAGAUUCGGCACCACCGGCUGCUGUACCAUGAGCACGAAAUGUACGACGGCGUUUUCAUUGAUUCCUUAGACCGCACUUGGCAAGAAGAGGUGUCGACUUUAUCUACAAAAUUGGACUAUUGCUCGCGGCAGCUACAAAGCCUGGACCUCUUGGGCUACGGAGAAUUGGAGCGAUUCGACGGCUCUGCGCUGUUUCGCAUGAUUAAGCACCUCGAGGAGACGGUGAACCUGAUGAUCGAGGAGCUGCACACAAUCCGUAAGAUUGAAGGCGACGUUGUAAGAGCGGAACGGGCAUGGGUUGGUCAACUUGCUCGGAAGCUGGUGAGCGCCGUGCUACCCCAAGAGCAGCGACUGGGACUCUGGAAGAAACAGACCUCCAUGCAAUCAUGA